AUGUCCCCCCGUGUUAUUACCAGCGCCGUCGAGCGUGUUGCGCGCAUCGACGUCCAACACGGCCAGGCCCGUGUUGGGAGGGAGCUCCGUCCCCGAGAGACGGUGCUCCCCAUCGCCAUCGCCUCCUUCUUCCUCUUUUUUAUGUGGGGCCUAGCCUACGGGCUCCUCGACAUCAUGAACUACCACGUCAAGGUAGCCAUGGGCGUUAGCCGCGAGAAGGCUGCCAUCCUCGCCGCGGGGUACUACACAGCGUACAUUCCCGGCACGCUUCUCAUCGGCGGCCCGUUGGUGAAGCGGUGUGGGUACCGGGUCGCCAUGGCGGCCGGGUUGUUCAUCCUUGCGGUGGGCAAUGAGCUCAUGUCCAUCGGCGCGGCGAAUUGCUCGCUCUGGGGCAUGGUGGCCGGCCAUUUUGUCAUCGGUCUCGGUGUGUCGACGCUGGAGCGCUCCGCGAACCCCUAUGCCGUCAACUGCGGCCCCGAACGCCAGGCCACGUUGCGCAUCCUGGUGGCCCAAGCUUGGGCCGGCAUCGGCACGGUGGUCGCGCCUUUCCUGGCCAACGCCUUCAUCUUUAACCUGGAUACCUCGACCAUGCGCCCUGCUGCCGAUCCCCUCCGCAAAGGCCGAUGCCUCAUGCCGGACAAGGCGGCCUCGGGCUGCGACAAGCUCGGCAGCGUCAUCACUUUCUACCGGCUCCUGGGCGCGUGCCUCGGUUCGUUGGCGCUGGUCAUCUCCAUUCUCUUCUUCCGCACCACCUGGUUCCCGGAGAUCGCAGUCCCCGUCCCUGCCAACAAGGCCACGUUUGGCUGGAAGCUGUGGAAGCACUCGCUGGUGUCGACCCGGUUUGCUCGCGUGUGGUGGGCCUUCUUCGCCAACUUCGUCAACCUGGGCUGCCAGGUGACGUUUGCUCAGUUCUUCAUCGAGCACAUGAAGGUCAACGCGUGCCAGAGCGAUAACAUGGCCGCCAUUUGGAUGUCGGUGGCCCAGACAGCAUUCGUCGUCGGUCGCUUCUCUGCUGCUGGACUCGUCGCCUUCCCCAAGGUGUUCCGGCCUCGAUGGGUGCUGUUAUGCUUCAUCGCCGGUGCGGUGGCCUUUGUCGGCACGGGAACCGGCAUCUCGGCCGAGGCUGCAAUCGCCGUAGCCGUCAUGGUCAUGUUCUUCGAGGCACCAUCCUUCCCCAUGGUGUUCGAGAGCGCGACCGCCGGCUUCGACGAGUGGAAGGCCUCUUGCGAGACGCUGAUGAUCGUCAGCAUCUCGGGUGGUGCUCUCCAGCCGGCGCUGAUGGGUCAGCUUGUCGAGCUCGUUGGCAUCUCCCCUGCCUGGUGGUUGACCGCUGGGUGCCUCGGCCUCGUGCUGACAUACCCGUUGGCCAUCAACUUGAUCCCGCGGUUCUACAAGGAGCUCGACCGGGCCGAGAGCGGCAUCGGGGCAAAUGAGCAGACGGGCGCUGAUGAAGAGGCAGGGCUCCAAAGAGCAUCGAAGGAGGGGUUCCGGGCUCGGGUGAUGAACAUGGUGACGUGGAGGCGCAAGUCGGCCAGUUCGGAGUCAGCAUAG